UCACGUAGACAGCGACUGACAGAAGGUAGCACUGGUUAUAAUUUAACCAGAAAUCACCCUGGCCACACAGAUACAACCGUCCAUAUCUGUUAGUCCAGGAAGUGUGUCUCGUUUUGUUUCCUCUAGCCAGGUACCACAGAUGGAUCCCGAAACAAAACGCUGUCACCAUGGCAACACGCUUGUUGAUAUCCUCAGCAGGUGGAGUUGUCAACACCAUGAAGAAGAAGGGAAUAUGCUCCUCCUGAACGUGCUGUUGCUAGGCAACAGGCAGAGUGGGAGGAGCUCUGUGGGAAACGCUCUUAUUGGUGGGCACGAAUUUCAAACAGGCCCCUCCAUUUUUGGUGUUUCCAUGACGACAGAGUACCAGGCCCUCAGUCGAAAUUACCCGCGGUAUUUCAGACGGCAGGGGGCGGAGUCAGACCUCACGCUGAGGGUGAUUGACACGCCCCCUUUGCUGGCCCAACCACACAGAGUGCAUGAGCUCUGCCCUGAGGGCGUGCACAUACUGGUGCUCAUUGUGAGAGCUGAUCUGCCACAUGAGAACCCACAUCUGGAGCAACACCUGGAGAAUGUCUUCGGUCCAGAGUGGCGUCGUCACGCCGUGCUCAUCCUCACACAUGCGGACCAGCUGAAGAAGGCGGGGCUUGACCCUACUGUCUACCUAUCACAGGCCACUGAUUGGCUUAGAGCUCUGGCUGAGGGUGUGGGGGGUGGAGUCUUGUUCUUGGACAACAGCUGUGAUUGGCCAUUGAUCAGAGGACGCCCUCUGAGGGAACGACUGCUCUGCCUCUCAGCCAGGAACCAUCACCAGGCUCUGAAAGUCCAGACAGAGGCGUCGCUCUGAGGCUGCUUCCCUUAAACGUCACAUCACCUGUGACGUCAGGUGUCAGGAACGUCACCUGUUCAGGAAGUGAUGUGUUGAGGUAAUAAUAUGUACUGAGCCCCAUUGUGCCUGGAUUUAUUAAUAUGUUGCAGUGGUGAAAAGUAACUAAGUACAUUUACUCAAGUACUGUACUAAAGUACAAGGUUGAAGUAUCUGUACUUUACUUGAGCAUUUUCAUUUUCUGCUACUUCAUACUUGGUCUUCACUACUUCUUAAAGGCAGUCAUUGUACUUUUUACGUCAUUAUAUUAAUUGUAUAACUUUAGUUACUAGCUACUUUUCAGAACCAGAUUAUUACAAAAAUUACAUAAUGUUUAUAAGACUUUAUUGAUCCUUGGUGGGACAUUCACAAACAGAUGAGGUAGUUAAAACUGGCUCCCCCUUUAUCACACAAUAAUACAAUAUGAUAUACAUGAAUGUUGUGUGCCAUUCUGCACAAGUACCUUUGAACUGUUACUUAGGUAACAUUGUGAAUGCAGACGUUUACUUGUAACAAAGUCUUUUUACACUGUUGUACUGAAGGAUCUGAGUACUUCUUCCACCACUGACAUUUUGGUAAAUUAGCAACAUUAAUAGUAGCUGAAUUAGCUGUUAGCAGCUCCUGUUAGCUGUGUACCCAUGAACGUACAGACAACUCUCACUGGGUUACUGCGGCCGUGAAGAAAACUUAAAAACAUGGUGAGUCUCAGGCAGGUUUCAUGGUUGACCAUCUUUGGUUUUGAUGACUUCCAAGAGGAUUUAUGUUUAUUCAUCACAGGCGUCGGACACAAUGACAUCCUUUGGAACAAUAAAUGUUCAUGUUCGUGUUCAUGUGUUCAGCUUUGACAGCUUUGACAUAAGGAGUUCGGUUUUUGAGGAAAUUGUGACAGUUGGGGGUUUAAAAUGUGGCGUUCGUGUAGACGGCAAAGUAAGAAUUUCAUUG